CAUUCUGUGCAUUUGUUUACGGUAUUAUUCCGGAGUCUUUGCUUUCCCCAACUAGAAUGAGGAAUGUUUUGUAUGGUAACAUAGAAAUAAGAUAAAAAUGAGCACCGAGCAAGAACUUAAUGACUCCAUUGCACAAUAUGAGAAGCAGCUCUCGCAAGUGGAGCAAGCAAUAGUGGCUGCCAACAGUCAGGAGGAACGUAAGGAUUUGGAAAAUCUCAAAAGCGACUUGAGCGAGUUGCUGAAGCUAACUCGAGAGACACUGGAGCAUGAACACGGUGGAGGAGCCGAGAAAUCAAAUCCUAUCGACGAUGAGUUCGCCAGGUUUAUGGCCGAAAUUAACGCCACAGAUGAUGUCCAACCCACUAAUGUUGUUGAGCCAGAUGAAGACAUGUCCGAGUCUUUCAAAGAUUUGAUAGGCAGCAAGUGCUCCGCUCCUCAUGUCCACAAGUGGGGUUCGGAAGCUCAUCAUAACGCACUAAUAUGUAGCUUGGAUUCAUCCAACUUAGCAGAAGUGAUGGUAAAGGUUUUGUAUAUUAAUCCCACACACCAGGAGAUGAUACCGUGCUCAUACUAUCUCGAAGGAGAGUGUAAGUUCAGCGACGAGAAAUGUCGCUUCUCCCAUGGGGAAACGGUACUCCUAAAAGAACUUAAAGAGUAUCGCGAGCCAAAGUUUGAACUGCUGAAGAAAAAAGGUGCAGUAGUAUUGGCUAAACAGAAGAACCGUCUUUGGGGUAAGGGUACUGUAAAAGAUACUGAUUUUACAAACAAGACAUGUCGAGUUCAACUCGAUGAAAGCAAACGGGAAUUGGAAUUACCUUUCGAAGAUGUUUUUCCGAUAGAUAGCAAGGACGAUAAUGAUGAAGGGUCUGCGUCUAAUUCGGGCUCAGAAACGGAUUCUUCGAAUGAUGAACUUUUCGAAGGCAACAGUCGAGCAAUCGAUUACGCACAGAUUAUUCAGAAAAGUCUACUUAACCCAUCGGCAGCGGAUCGACUUGGUGACUGGGAGAAGCACACCAAAGGAAUCGGAUCGAAGAUAAUGCGUAAGAUGGGAUACGUGAUAGGAUCUGGUCUGGGUAGUAAGGGUGACGGAAUAGUAGUUCCUGUUGGGGCACAAGUUUUGCCCCAGGGUAAAUCUCUGGACUACUGCAUGCAGCUUCGUGAGCAGGCCAAUGGAGAGCGUGAUUUAUUCAGCGUAGAAAAGAAACUGAAGCGGCAACAAAUGAUAAAGGCCAAACAAGACGCCCAGACAUACGCUCGAAACAAACGAAAGAAGGAUGUUUUCAGUUUUAUUAACAGUGAUAUCCUCGGGAGCAGCGAGGACGGUUCUGGUACGAGCAGCAAAAAUUCAAAACUUGAUUUGCCAAGCUGUUCAUCGAAAAAUUUAAACAUCGCUAGUUUGAAGCUAGCCGAACAAACCAAGAGACUGGAGAUGGAGGUGGAAAGGAUGACACAUUCCUUGACACGCCACCAACCGGGCUCACAAAUGCACUCCAGCAUACGGAAACAAAUUACCAGCAAACAAGCCGAAAUAGCCCAAGCACAAGCUACUGAACAAACUAUUUCCAGAGAGCAGCGGCUGAGAUCCGACAAGAAAAAAUUGACAGUAUUUUAGGAAUACGAUUUUGUAGCGUUUUUUUUAAAAUAUAAAUUAGUUUUAUAAAUCAAA